AUGUUGGAGUUUUUCUACACAGGAAUGGUUUCUGAUGAUAAAAUGAAAAGUCAUUCUGAUGAAAUUUUUGCUAUUGCACAUAAAUAUCAAGUAGAAAUGUUAAAGUGUUUAUGUGAACGUUUUAUGUCUUACAAUAUCAAUAAUGAAAAUAUUGUUAAAUAUUGUGGUUUUAUUGACUUAUAUGGUGCUUCAAUUUUGGAGAAGGCAUGUACAUAUUAUGUUAGCGUUAAUGGAAAAAGCUUUUUAAAGAGCAAAGAAUGGGAAGAAAUUAAAAAUAAUUAUCCAAAACUUUUUCCUCGUUUUUUGGAGACUAUUGUUGAAAAUUUGGAAAAGUAA